AUGGCGUCCGCUUCCUCUACAGCGGUUUUGCGGUACCGGGUUGCGGUGGGGCUUUUUCAGCGAUUGCGCAAAUGGUGUGUGGACUUCUUCUGGAUUACCCUGUUCUGCUUGAUGGGAUUUGUAGACGAUGAGCGGCAAAAGUGCGCAACAAGCAAGCGAAACACUCUGUAUCACAGGAGGAAAUCAACGACUGAAAGGAUGCGAUCGCGAACCAAAGAAAUCGCCGAGAUCGAGAUGAAACUGUUACGACAUUUGAUGAGCCCGCUGAAUGAGAUGAUUCUAUCGGUGCGAAAAUCAUCGAAGAAACGACCCAUCGGAAUGGUCUCUCGUCCACCAUCGCCUCAACUAUUCGAUAUCUGCGAGGAGACCGAGGAGACU